AUGGGCCAGAUUAGGAAGGGCGGUACAACGGUGGGACUUGGCGUUGGUGUUUUGGAACAUCAAAGAUGGACAGGGUUUUCGCGGAGGUCGCUCCUCAGAUAUCUCCACAACUACAGAUCGGGGAUCUUCCAAAAUCGAGAAGAUUGGUGCAUAUGGCUAGGUCUCUUCACCUUACAAUUUGUAUGGCACUUUGGCCCGGGGUUGUGGUGUGGUAGGGGAGAACGGGGGAUACUCCCACACAGGAGUUUUGAACAACGUCCGGUUCACGUUUGGCUGGAUAACUCCACCACCACACAGGGUAUGCGGUCGGCGAUGGGGUCAGAAUGCUCGUAUGAUCGAGGGCUUUUCGAUGGAUCUAUCGGCGGGUUCUUAUUCGAAAAAUCGAGCGAGUUCGUGGUGGAGCGGUCGGCUAGAUGGACACAGAAGCUUCAACACAAUAUAUUGAUAAUCAUAUAA